CUGCAGGUGUGGUGUGGCCAGAUGUGUGACGUGGUGAGAGAGAUCGAGCAGGAGAGAGAGCGUUGUGACAACAAAACCUCCGGGAACGUCACGGCAGGUUGCCAGGAGAUGUGGGAUAUCAUCGCCUGUUGGCCGUCUGCCAGGGUGGGAGAGGUCAUCACCAUAAAGUGUCCUAAAUACUUCAGCUACUUCUCCGACCAUAUAGUCAAACAUAAAGGUAACCUGUCCAAGACAUGUACCUCAGAGGGUUGGACUGAGAUGCACCCGCUGGACAUCGCCCUGAACUGUGGUUAUAACGCCAACAACACUGGAGAUGACGGGAACUUCUUCUGGCAGGUGAAAAUUGGCUACACUGUUGGACACAGCAUCUCCCUGAUCUCCCUCAUCACAUCGAUAGUCAUACUGAGUAUCUUCAGGAAACUCCACUGCACUAGGAACUACAUCCACAUUCACCUGUUUGUGUCAUUCAUCUUGAAGGCAAUCGCUGUCUUCAUGAAGGAUGUGGUUCUGUACCAGGUCGGAGAGCUUGACAACUGCUCCCCAGGAUCCGUGGGCUGCAAGGCGGUGAUGGUCUUCUUCCAGUACUGUAUAAUGGCCAGCUUCUUCUGGCUGCUGGUGGAAGGCCUGUAUCUCCAUGCCCUAUUGGCCGUUUCCUUCUUCUCUGAGAGAAAUUACUUCUGGUGCUACAUUCUGAUUGGCUGGGGAGGGCCGACCAUCUUCAUCACAGCUUGGGGUGUUGCCAAGGCCUACUAUAAUGACGUGGGGUGCUGGGACAUCAUUGAAAAGACUGACAUGUUCUGGUGGAUCAUUAAGACUCCAAUACUGGCCUCCAUCCUGAUGAACUUCAUCCUCUUCAUCUGCAUCAUCAGGAUCCUCCGGCAGAAGAUCAACUGUCCAGACAUUGGAAGGAACGAUUCCAACCAGUACACGAGGAUGGCCAAGUCCACCCUGCUGCUGAUUCCUCUGUUUGGGAUCAACUUCAUCGUGUUUGCCUUCAUCCCAGAACAGGUGAACAUCGAGCAACGGCUGGUCUUCGACCUCAUACUGGGAUCAUUCCAGGGCUUUGUGGUUGCUGUUCUAUACUGCUUCUUAAACGGAGAGGUGCAGUCUGAGAUGAAGAGGAAGUGGAGGCGGUGGCAUCUCCAACACCACAUGGGUUCUGACACCACUAAGUACCAGCACACUUCCAUGGGGAACAGUAAUGGCACCAACUUCUCCACUCAGAUCUCAAUGUUGAGCAGCUGCAGCCCCAAGACACGCCAUGCAUCCUCAUCCUGCCAGGACGACUCCACCAUGAUCUGAGAGAGAGAGCGAGAGAGAGAGAGAGAGAGCGAGCGAGAG